GUUAUUGAUGGCACUAUUACUAGCACUACAACAACCACAACAAAGUACCCAUCUACUCCCACCUCCUUUCGACCCUGUAUGACCCACCUUUCUUUCUCAGCUCGCCAGUGAGUCCUUGUUGUCCCUGAAGUCAUGGCCCAACAAGGAUCCGGCUCCACGACCGCCUACCGCCCUCUCGCCCCGAAGCCGACCCUCGUGCCUUCGAAACGGGGGGCUUCCGAUCCUCCGGAGCCGCCAGGGCCUUCGAAACCGGGGAAUGCCAAGAAGGCAGUCAAACGGUCCCCAUCGUCCUGCGUGAAGUGUAGAGAGAAACGCACCAGAUGUACUGCCUAUGAAUCCGGGGUCCCAUGCACCAUGUGCCGGAUCCACCAGGUGGAAUGCAUCCUGCUCCCGCACAGCGACCGGCGCCGGAAGACCACCAUGGAGUACAUGCGGCAGCAGGCCAGCUACUACCGGGAGUUCCUCGAGCAGUUCAUCCGGCUGGCGCGCGCCGACGACCCGGCGCUCAUCUUCGCGGCCGUGGAGAUCAUCCUGGCCAAUCAUCCCGAGGAUGUGACUCGCUCCCUCCUGGAUGCCCUGCUCCCGGACGACCGGACGCCCAUCCUGCCCGAGGAUGAGGAAUUGAUCAAGCCGAUUCGAGAGAGGGAAGCGCAGGCCGCCGCCGCCGCCGCCGCCGGUGGCAGCAGCAGCGGCAGCAAAAGUAAACAUGGCGCGGAACCUGGCCUGGAAUCAGUACCUGAAUAGGAUUGAUGGGGGGUAAAUUUGGGAGGGAGGAGUAGGUGGAGGAGGAGAGCUUCGCUUUCGUUCUAGUCCUCCUCUUUCGAUCUCGCCCUACCCUUUGUGAGGGAACUGCCUACGAUGGCACCAUAUACUACACUUGUGUCGCUGUAUGCCCUUUUUUGCUGGAAGGGCUUGGGGAGGGAGGUCAUCGGUGGAGAAAUGGAUAGAGGGUAGAACAAUGGAGAAAGGACGCGGAGGUAGCAAGAGAUGAAGCAAGAUGGAAUAGCGGCGGAAACAACCGACAGGCAGAAUGCACGGAAAGUGGGACUGUGCAACGGAGAGGGAGCUACUUCUUUACUGAAUUACUGAAUGUGGAGGAGACGCGAGCGGAAAGUGGUGAGGGG